AUGCGGACCCUUUCCGCCCGCGUCCGUGAGCUUGAAUCCCCGGGUCCUGCUUCAGUCUCUAAUCCGUCGACUCCACCCACGGGGAGCCUGCACCGUAUCCUAAAUGCUCCUAAAUCUCCUACGUACGUCGGACCUACGAGUGCGGAGUUUGGCCUCACUCGCUCUCAAAGGUCCUUAUCCCCUCAAGCUGGCGACUGUGCCACAAUUGAUGAUCGCGGUGAGGAACUUGACCUAUCAACGGCUACCCCCAGUCCUGCGCCGUCGGAUAGAGGCAAAAAUUCUCAUAUUGGGCAUCCUUUGAGAAGCCUGGGCGCAGAUGAAACCUUGCGAUUAGUGCAGGUCUAUGAAGAUACAGUCGGUGUGAUGUACCCCUGUGUCGACUUGGAUGGAGUGCGAGCAUAUGUGCUCGAGUUCUAUCGCUCUUACGAUUCAGUCACUACAUCUUCAUCUGUAUUGUCAACGCAAACAGCCUCGGACCAGGAUUGGUUCUCUGCGCGCGAUGUCCAGGUGCUGAAAAUCCUGUUAGCGACCGCUCUACUAGUAGAAUCCCACGGUCGCAGUGAGCGUGCUGCCCAGCUGGCUGACAGUGUGGAGGAUCGAUUUGCCAGUAGGUUAAAAAUUGCUGAUGUUGAUAUGAAAGAAAUUCUCAUUCUGACCCUGUUGUCAAUUUUUCACUCUUAUCGCGACGAUGAAGUCAUCGCCGGGCGUUUGAUUGGUAUGGCGAUUCGAGGGAGUACAGAGCUAGGUCUUCAUCGUCAAGAGACCUGGCAAAAGACAGGAGGCGUUUUCCCGGGCGAAUUGGAAUGGACAUGGGCUAGCCGACUUUUCUGGUGCAUCUAUGUGUUAGAUCGCAAGUGCGCCUUUGGCACGGGUUUGCCUUUUGCCAUUCAAGAUUCUGAUAUUGACACCAACUUACCUGAGCCGGGCCAUUCUACCCCAUACCUGACUUGUAUGAUUUCUCACGCACGCCUGAGCACAAAGAUCUGGGGCCUGGUCGUCGGAUGGCCCAACCGGUCACAAGCGGCCACCUCAGAUGGUUGCGCUUAUUUGGACGCUCAGGUUCAACAAUGGAUCCAUUCCAUUCCGCACGAAUUGCGUUUUGAUCCAACUUGGCGCUCCCCCGCUGGAUCAGAGCACACCGAUCGAGCAAUGAUGCUUCAGGUUCUGCUUGCUUUACAGGCAAACCAGCUUCGAAUUCUUGUGUAUCGACAGAACUUGCUCAGCGAUGAGCGGAUAGCGGACAAUGUGACUGGUGCGUCGACGGCCGUAGAAACGGCGAAGAGCACCGUUCAUAUGCUAGACUAUUUCAGCCGGGUCUCAAGUAUAUACUUCCAGCGCCCAGAACCAUUCAACUAUUUUCUCUUAUCAGCCCUCGCCGCCCUCUUCCUGGCCGUUUUACAUGCCCCGGCGCGCUUCAGCCACGCCUGCCGGCCCGAAUUCUAUACUGCCGUGGACAUGGUUCGCCGCUCGGCAACCCGUGCCCGUACUUCUCGGAGAUUGCAAAAGGUUCUUCACAGUUUGAAACGGAUUCAAUUGAACCUUAGGUGGGAUAGUGAAACUGGCCGACAAUCAUCUAUUCAUCGAGCUCAUCCCCCAGAGACAUAUUCCAAGGAUGAGAAAGACACAUCUGGCCUUCAUUCACAUACUACAUCCCAAUAUAAGUUGAGCUCAUCGCGCGGCAUAUGGGAUACAACACCGGUAUCAUCCACAACAGACUCUGCUGUUGCACAUUAUACUCCCAGCCUCCAUCAAACAUCCGAGGCGACUACUCCUCAGCUCUCAUCUAAUGCUUUCUGGCCAUUGUCACCUGGUACAGUAGUUGGUCCUGAAUCCAAUGUCUGUGAAGACUUGAGCAGCUUUUUUGAAAUUGCAGGGGGGUUAUAUUUUGACCCUCGAGCUGGUUCGGACGGUGCCACCGGAGCAGAUGUGGGGUUGGCCCCUCCGGGUGACCCACGAUCACCCAAUGCGCUGGACGCCUUCCAUGCCGAGGAUGAGGCGUUGACACGAGUCAUGGCUGGUUUGCUGUAA